GUCGGACAUGGCCAAGACGACGGGCGAGGAGGCCCAUGGGCCGAGCCAGCCUCAGUUUUUCACCACGCAUGCACGCCACCUGGCCUUGGACUCGUUCGGUGCUCCGCGGCUGCAGGACUGGCGCAUGCGUGAACGGAUGAAGACCUUGUCUGUGGCGCUGGUCAUGUGUCUCAAUGUGGGCGUGGACCCGCCGGACGUGAUCAAGAUCGAGCCAUGCGCCCGGCUCGAGUGCUGGGUUGACCCGUCGUCGCUCCCGCCGCGGGAGAGCCUGGAGACGAUCGGCAACGCAUUGCAGGCACAGUAUGCGCGAUGGCAGCUCAAGACGCGAUACAAGCAGGGGCUUGAUCCGACUGCUGAUGACGUCAAGACGCUAUGCCUCUCACUGCGGCGACACGCCCGCGACGCGCACGUGCUUUUCCACUACAACGGGCAUGGGGUACCGCAUCCGACGACCUCGGGCGAGAUGUGGGUCUUCAACUCCAACUACACCCAGUACAUCCCGCUCUCGAUGUACGAUCUGCAGUCGUGGCUCGGCUCGCCGUCGAUUUUUGUUUUUGACUGCGCAGGGGCCGGGCUCCUCGUCGACGCCCUGUUGCGGUUCGGCAAGCAGCGGAUGCGUGACGAGGCGCGGGCAGCAGCGGCGGAGCAGGCGCGCGGCGGGCGAGGCGCAGAAGGAUCCGGACGCGACGGCAGCGUGUCAGGAGGCAUCGGCGGGCGGAGCAGAUCGUCGCGGUCGUCGCGCAAGGCCUCCCGCAGCCGCGGUUCGGAUGGCUCCGCCCGCGGUCGGUCGACGCCGCGCCCGUUCUCGAUGAAGGACUGCCUCAUUCUCGCGGCGUGCGGCCCUGAGGAGAGCCUGCCGCAGAAUCCGGUGCUCCCCGCCGAUGUCUUUACCGCCUGCCUCACCACACCGAUCAAGAUGGCGCUCCGCUGGUUCUGUGCCACUUCGGUUCUCUCCUCGGUCGGCCUCGAGGUGGUGGACGCCAUUCCGGGGCGGCUCUCCGACCGGCGGACGCCGCUUGGCGAGCUCAACUGGAUCUUUACGGCCAUCACCGAUUCGAUUGCGUGGAACGUUCUGCCGCGGCCGCUCUUCCAGAAGUUGUUCCGCCAGGACCUGCUUGUGGCCUCGCUCUUCCGCAACUUUCUUCUUGCCGAGCGUGUCAUGCGUGCCUCGGGCUGCACGCCGAUCUCGGUCCCCGCACUGCCGACUACCCACAACCACCCGCUGUGGGAGGCGUGGGACCUGGCGGCGGACGUGUGUCUCGCGCAGGUGGCAGUCAUGAUCCACCCGCCACCGAGCGGGCCGCCGCGAUACAGGCACUCGACGUUUUUUGCCGAGCAGCUGACAGCGUUUGAGCUGUGGCUCGAGCUUGGCGCCGUCGGACUGGAUCCGCCGGAGCAGCUCCCGAUUGUGUUGCAAGUCUUGCUCUCGCAGUCACACAGGCUGCGUGCGCUGCAGCUACUGGCACGGUUUGUGGACAUGGACGCUUGGGCGGUCAACCUUGCACUCUCGGUUGGUAUCUUCCCGUACGUUCUCAAGCUGCUGCAGUCGCCGGCAGCGGAUCUGCGCCCGGUCUUGGUCUUCAUCUGGGCCAAGAUUCUGGCGGUUGACCCGUCGUGCCAGAAGGAUCUGGUCAAGAACGGGGUCCACGGAUACUUUGUCAAUGCUCUUGUGGUCGCCACCGGAAACGUCUUGGCGGUGGCGCCAUCAUCAAGCGAGCUGGAAGCUGCGCAGCGCGAGCAAGUGCAUGCGCUUUUUGUGCUCGCCGCCAUCGUUGCCAACUUUCCGGCCGGCCAAAACGCCUGUCUCCUGGCAGGCAUGCUGAGCGCUUGCAUGCGAGUGCUCGAGACGGCGGCGCACCCGCGGGUCAUAGUCUGGGCAUGCACUGCGCUUGGCAAGCUCUGGCUCCGGGCCGAAGACGUCAAGGUCGAGGCCAAACGCCACUAUGCACUCGACUCUGUCACCCCGCACUUGCUCCACCAGGUGCCCGAGGUCCGUGCAGCUGCCACCUUUGCGCUCGGCGCGCUGUUUGAUGGUCCGCUGUCGGCGCUGCCAGCGCGGGCGCGGGCGCGGGCGCGGGCCGAGGCUGCCCAGCGCGCCGAGGUCGACCAGUCGAUCGCGUUUCAACUGCUGCAGGUCACAACCGACGCCUCGCAGCUUGUCCGCCGCGAACUCCUCCAUGCGUUUGCCGAGUACAUGGCUGCCAACAUGGCGCUGUUUGUGGAGGUUGCCACGGAGUUUUACCGCGACGAAGCAAGUCGGUUUGCGGGCGAUGGCAAGAGCGGCGGGCCAGGCGAGCCCGGUGACGAGACCAACAGCAUGCCACCCACCAGUGACAAUCCCGGCCACAUGGUGUGCGCGGCAGUUUGGUCGGUCCUCGUUGGCCUGGUCGUCGACCCGUACCCGUAUGUCCGCCGGCUUGCGCGCGUCCUGCUCGAGGCAGUCGGCUCGCACGUCGACGGGCUUAUGGCGCUGAUCAAGCCACCCACGCUGCCGUCGGAGCUCAUGGCGGCGCGGACACCGUCAGCAUCGGACGCCGGAACUGCGAGUGGUGAGUCGCCGGCGAGUGAGUUAAGCGACUUUGCCCCGGGCACCAAGGGCAAGGCCAAAAUCAAGGCCAAAGGCAAGGCCAAGGCCAAGGCCAAGGCCAAGGGUGGGUCAAGCGCCGGAGGUCAGAGCUCGAACGAGGCCAGCAGCGGCCAGCCGUCGCCACGCGGAUCGGGGCUGUCGGCGCCGUCGGGAAAGUCGCGAGUGGCGACGGCAGUCAGGCGCAGCUCCGGCCUGGCAGGCGGCGUUGGGAGCAGCGGGCAGCUGCGGCGAACGCCGCAGCUCGGCUCGAACGAGAUUCUCUCCGAGCUCGCCAGCCCCGGAGGCUCGGGCGAGGGCUCGUCUCGGCCAUCGUCGCCGGCCGUCUCCGAGUCGUCCGAUGGCGAGCUGGUGCUUGAGAUGGACGGUCUCGAGUCGAAGUUUUUCCACUGGAUGCGGCUGGGCAUGGUGGGCAAGUGGCAAAGUGGCACCAGCGAGCGGCGUGGCGGCGAGCGGCUCGGCGAAGCACUGGACGCACUUGUGGAGGCUAGCAAGGAAGAGCACGCCGAAGGAGGAGGGAACGGAGGCCAGACGGCGGUGGGUAUGGACGGCGUGGUGGCCUUGGGGCGGACGGCGUCGCGGCUCUGGCGCGAGAUUCGCAACGACCGGGUGCAAACCGAGGCGCAGGACGCGGCGCUGGUGGCCGGCAAGUGCAAGCUGGAAGACCAGGUGGGGAUUCUGGACAACGACGGACACAUUCCGCUGCUGGUCAAGUUUGAUCCGUUCGAGUCGCGGCUCAUUGUGGCGGACGAGCAGUCGCUCAUCACGGUGUGGAACUGGGAGAGCGGAACGCGAGUCGGUCGGUUCACCAACGACAACGUAGUCGGCUCGCGCAUGUCGUCGCUCGACCUCAUCAAUGCCGAGCAGAGCUCGCUCGUGCUCGUCGGCACCGACGAGGGCGUGGUCCGAGUCUGGCGCAACGUUGGGUCAACAGCGCGGGCGCCGAGCCUGGUCACGUCGUGGCGGGCGCUUGCGGAGCAGGUGCCGGGCAAGCGCGGCGCAGGGCUCAUCACCUCGUGGCAACAAUCAUCGGGCUACCUCUUUUGCGGCGGCGACGUGCCUUUCGUGCGGGUGUGGGACCUGCGGCGCGAGAUGGCGGUGCUCGAUAUCCCGACAGGGACCGAGAGCUCGGUGACCGCGCUGACAACCGACGGGUCGUCGACGCUUGUCGGCGCGACCGGCGACGGACGAGUGCUUGUGUUUGACCUCCGUGCGCCGGCGCGCGAAGCGCUGGUCAAGGCCAUCGCCGCCCACUCGUCGUGGGUCCUCGACGUCCACAUGCGCGGGCCCCGACAUGUCAUCUCGGGCUCGUCGGGCGGCUCGAUUCGAACUUGGGACUUGCGGGCCGACGGCCCAACAGCACAAAUCAAGGCGUACGACAAGGGCAUGACUGCGCUGGCGGUCCACCCGUCUGCGCCGCUAAUGGCCGCAGGCUCGCAGAAUCAGUUUGUCAAGGUCUUCAAUACCUCCGGCAAGGAGCUGUCCAAGAUUUGUUUUUACGACGGCUUUCUUGGCCAGCGCAUCGGUGCUGUCUCCUCACUUGCCUUUCACCCCCACCGCCUGUUCCUUGGCGUGGGCUCGACAGACUCGAUAGUCUCUAUCUACGCGUCUGAGCAAUACCGGUGAGUGUUUUUACGUCUAGCCCGACGACGAGUCGGAUGACGAGCCGGAUGACGAGUCGGAUGACGAGUUGGACGACGAGUCGGAUGACGAGUCGGAUGACGAGUCGCCGUCCUUGCCGCUCUUGCUGCCAUUGUUCUUCCAGGCAAAGCUCGACAUUGAAAGCGAACGCAUGCCUUGCAUGUUCACCUCGUCCUGAACCUCUGGCAUGGAGCUAGCAGGCUCAAAGGGCGCUGCUACCGCAGCAAGGAUGGCCGAAUCAGACAGUGAGCCGCGAAUGCUGGCAGUCAGCGGCUCGGUCUCCCCCGAGGCAAUCGAAGGGAGAACACCAGUUGUCUCGAGAUCCGACAACCUGUCGCUUGCCGGGAGGACGUUGGAAGCGUCGUGGGUGGUCUGACGGCGCCUGCGCGUGGGAACAUAGCGACGAUGAAUCUCGGUGCUUGAUGAUGCAUGCUGAUCGCGAGCCAAUGGAGGUAGUGCCGUCCUCCCGGUGAACGUUGCCGCGGGUUUUGGCACGAGAUGCGUUGGUGACAGUUGAGUGCUUGUUUGGGAGUCCGUGAGCGAGUGCGGGGUAGUUGUCCUCGAGCGCGCACGACGGUGGGAGCUGGAGCGCGUGGUGAUGCGGACGCGAGAGCGUGGUAGACUUGAUGUGCUUCGCAACGAUGCCGGUGGCAAGCGAAAACGUGCCUGGAGCGGGGAGAUGGCGAGCCGGGUGUCGCCCGCGGCUCGUGACUGGGCAGUGGCAUGGGCGAUGUGGUAGAUGGAUGUGUCGCGGCCAGUACCUGCAAUUACCACAAGGUGCGGGCGGAGCGCAGCAAGGCGG